AUGGGAUUGCCGAUGUGGGAUACGGACAUCGCGGUCUUGUCCGGUCGGGACAGCCGUCCGCAAGCUUUUGCCGCUGCCGCUCCCUGCCCGGUCUCGGCGACCCUUGAGAAAGAGGCAAGAUUCUGCACAGAGACCGUGUCAAUCAAACGACUGCAACAAGAGCAGCCGAGCCCAUCCCCAUCCAUUCACUCACUCCUCACCCCCCUCCCCGCCGGCCCGGCGCCCAAGCCCAAACGUGGGCUUGCUCCAUCCACAUUUUCCAGAAUCCAACAUUGCGGCGCUAGCCCGUGCCAGCCCUUUCUUUUGCGAUGGACGGGGCGGUACCUCUGGCUGCACCUCUGGCACGCAGCGACCCCAUGUCACCGCCGCGGCUCUCCACCGAGUAAGCUUGUCACCCGUCACACUCUUUUCACCGAGGCCAACGACACCCCGCGAAACUGUGCAUCGUAG